UUAUUUUCCGUGUACUAUUAACCCAACGCCAACCAAAACCUAAAAGACCAAAACAAGCCAAGAUGCAUAAAUAGUUAACAUAACAACAGUAAAUCUUGAAAAUCAUGCCGUGUGUAGUUCCCUAUUGUGAUGAGGAAGGGCAAAGUUUCAGUUUACGAUUUCCUCGAAGUCAUUUCUUGUAUGAACGCUGGAUGAAAGCGAUCGAAUUGGGUUCAGGCUCAGUCCUUUCGGAUGAUAUUGAUCCAUUGGAAGCGCAAAUCUGCCAACAACAUUUCGAUGAGGUCGAUCAGUAUAGUGAACCAAGAAACUUCAGGAAUCCGAGCUUAGGUAAAAAUGUGCACCUGUCCAGCUGCAAGUUGUGUUUACGUUUUGACUUUGCCGAGCGUGUAGUGCCCAUUUGCAAAGAGCAUAUGCUCGGUGAUGUUUCGAUUGAAGAUCUGCUUAAAAGUUUUUUAAAAAUUCAUUUCGACAACUAUUCUGGGUACCUAAAUGGCAUUUGCGAGGCGUGUGUUGCUCGGUUGGAUAUUAUUGCGACCCUUCGUAUGCAGUUUAUUCAAAAUUCGAGGUGCUUGCAAAAGAUGGUGGUUUCCAUUAAAGAGGAAAAUCGACUGCGGUAUCGAAAACCACAAGAAUCGAUGAUGCUCAAAGGAAACAUUUCAGUAACGGAAGGAGAAACACGACCAGAAUCGCCAGAGCGAAAAACUCUACAAAAUUUAGUAAUUGAGGUAGAAGGAACAUGGAUGAAAACGGAAAAAAUGAUUAAUGAAACAACAACUUUGAUGAAUACUGAGUGUAUAAGCGCUCGUGUUUCGGAGAAAAUUAGUAAUUCUACUAAUGAGAAAGAUAAAUCACAAAUAAUAAAACAGAGGAAAAUCAAAGUUCAAAACGAAACGGAGUGCGAAAAAAGUGCAAACGAAAAACGCCCAGUUGGAAGACCACGAAUAAAAUCAAGCAAGCAAUUAAAGGAGAAAGUACAUCUCAAAGGAAUGACAGAACGUAAGUGCUACAUGUGCGUCCAAUUAUUUCAAACAUCGGAAGAACUAUUUGCACACAUGGUAACCCAUGUUGAUCAUGAUUUAACCUGCGAUGUGUGUAGUGAGAUCUUCCCGAACCUUACUAAGUACAACCGACAUCUGGCAAAACAUGAUCCCAUUGAACGACCUAUAAAAUGUGAUCACUGUGAGCUUAGAUUCACUGAUGGGCUAGGUAAACGACGACAUGAAAAACAACGCCAUGAUGUCGAUCACUCGGUUACUGUAUUUAGCUCAGCUAACAAGCGAAAAGGGAAAUUCACUUGUCAACAUUGUGGAAAGCAGUGCUUAUCGUUGUCAUUUCUCAAGGAACAUGAAGACGCUCAUGCUGGCAUUAAAAGACAUGAGUGCAAAUCAUGUGGUCGUUUGUUUGCCAACAAAAACAAUCUCGAACGUCACCAUCUCAUCCACACCUCAGAAAAACCUUAUAAAUGUCACAUUUGCGGCAAGGCUUUCCGACAGUCUCCCAUGUAUAAGGACCAUUUGCGGUUGCACUCCGGUGAAACGCCUUACGCGUGUAACGUUUGCAACUUGCGAUUUACUUCCACCACCCUGCUGCGAAAGCACAAAAUUCGAUUACACGGAGCAAUUGUUGCCUCUUCUAGUAACAGCUUAUCUGUUAUUCGACCUCACAAUUAUUGCCGGUUCUGCAUGAACUCUUUCAAACGACACUCGCUGCUUAUUGAACACAUCGAACGGCACCAUCCAUAUGAAGAAAUCGAGUACUUCCGUUGUUCCACAUGCGAACAGCAGUUUGUAGUAAAGCAAGCAUUCGAUCUUCAUCUGCGUAAUCAUGAAAAAAAUUUCCAGUGUGAAUUCUGUGACAAAGCCUUCAGUACGCUGCAGGCUCUAAAAUUUCACCAACCCAUUCAUGACGGCACCCGAGGUUAUUCUUGCAAAACCUGCUUGAAAUCUUUUACACACAUAGCCAAUCUGAAGCGCCACGAGCUGUUGCAUUUGGGAAUCAAACGCCACGAAUGCGAUUUCUGUGGAAAACGCUUUGCGCAAUCCAAUCAGUUGCAUACGCACCGGAGAACACAUACUGGAGAAAAACCAUAUGAGUGUCAGAAAUGCGGGAAGCGUUUUGCAGACAACAGUACGCUUUGUAAACACAGAAAAAGCGUGUGCAAAGCUGUGUGAAUUUUUAUAAACUGUUGUGGUUACAAUCUAUUGUGCUCAUAUAUUAUUGAUUUAAACGAUAUGUGAACGAAAGUAAGAAAUCACAGACAGACCCGAUUAGGUGACGCCGGUAUGUAUUCAGAACUGGGCCUUCCUGUCUUGAUUAUAGGGUAUGACAUUUCUAUGUGUGAAAAAUUCUAGAAUAUUCUUUUUCUGAACCAUAAAUUACUAUUAAUAAACAAUCC